AUGUCCCGAACAAGUUCAUGGUGUGAACUUAUUGUUCAUAGCCUUUUCUUAUCAACUGCCAUACUGUCAGGGGUUGUCUCUGCUUCGGCCUACAACUUACCCCAACAAGUUCCCAUCAUCCCGCCACAGGUACCCUUGAACGGGCCGGAAGCUACACUAGAUACUCAUGAGUUUUCCUUACGUCACAUCUUUCACCGAGCUACCUAUGAAGAAACCGACUUCCAUGCGAGGCUCGACAUUCAGCCAGACACUCGCCUCCGAGCUAUAUCUGAAGAUGGCUACGAAACAGAAUAUAUUGCAUCGGAGUCACCUCUACUCGCUUCAUCUAGUCCUUUGACAAUACAGCGAUUAGCUGAUCGACGACUUCCCGUGAUUGAAGCACACUUAGCAGCCGCGCGGACUUCGGGCUCUGCAACUGCCUUAUCUCCACCUGAAUGGGUCAUGGACACUUUAACAGGACCGAACAUCACGGAUAAACAGACAAUUUUGACUUUUGCCCAAAUGACCGCCAACGACUACAUUCAAGAACCUGGAACAGGAGAGUGGCACACCAUCCAUGGACAAUUUAACUAUUCGGGAAGCUUUGGAUGGCAGAAAGAUGGACUCAGAGGACAUAUCUACUCGGAUAAGACCAACAACACUGUUAUCAUUUCCUUGAAGGGUACUUCGCCCGCGCUCUUCGACGGCGCUGGUACCACCACCAACGACAAAGUCAACGACAAUCUGUUUUUUAGUUGUUGCUGUGGCCAAGGAGGCUCGUAUUUAUGGAGGCAAUCAUGCGAUUGUCAGAGUACGACGUUCACCGCAAAUCUAACCUGCAUUGUCGAGUCUAUGACGGAUGAAAACCGCUACUAUCGACAAGCCAUCGAUCUUUACUCCAACGUCACUGAUAUCUAUCCGGACGCAAAUAUCUGGAUGACUGGCCAUUCUUUGGGCGGUGCAAUGACCAGCCUGGUUGGGUUGACAUUUGGAUUGCCCGUGGUCACUUUUGAGGCCGUUCCGGAAGCAUUACCUGCUGCUCGGCUUGGUCUGCCGAGUCCGCCUGGACUUGACCCACGACUCCCGCAGUCGCGACAAUACACCGGAGCCUACCAUUUUGGACAUACGGCGGAUCCAAUCUACAUGGGAACCUGCAAUGGAAUCAACUCGAUCUGCACAUGGGGCGGUUACGCCAUGGAGUCGGCAUGCCACACUGGUCAGGUGUGUACAUACGACACUGUAGCAGACAAGGGCUGGCGUGUCGGUCUUGGUACUCACAAGAUUGAGAACGUGAUAUCUGACGUCAUCUUGAAAUACGACACGGUCCCAUCCUGUAUCGCAGAGGAAGAAUGUUAUGACUGCGAGCUGUGGAAAUUCUUCCGAAGCAAUGGAUCUGAGAUCACAACGACGACCUCUACGACGACCACCACCUCUCUCACUAGGACAUCUACUUGCAAAACUCCCGGGUGGUGGGGCUGUCUGGAUGAAAGUACCACCGCCACAACUAUCACGACAUCCCCAACAAGCACAGCUACUACCACAACAUGCAAGACUCCUGGUUGGUUCGGAUGCAAUGACCCCACCACCACGACAGCUGCCCCAGCACCAACGAUGACGACCAAUCUACCCACCGUGACUGCAACAACCAGCUGCCACGACCCAGGGUGGUUUGGUUGUCGUGAUGCCACAAGUACAGUACCGUCGACCACGGCCGGCUCUGUUUCGACGCCUACUUCCGCGACCUGUCUUACUCCUGGCCUAAUGUGGGGAUGCCGUGAUCAGUCGACUAGCACUCCCAUUAUUACCUCGGCGCCCACAGCCACUAACUCAAGCAUCUAA